AUGUAUAGAGCUCCGGUCCACCAAGCGUGGGAACCCCCAUCUGGGUACUGCUGUCGCCCACGCAUCCCUCCCUCUCCUCAAACCCCCAGUCUCAGCAACCCCGACCCGAGUCGCGCCUCUCGCUGUCAACCUCGUCCUGAGAGCCGCUGCCGCCUCAGCCCAUCCUGUAGUCCCGGCGGCUCGGCUCCACGAAGUCCCAGCCGGCCACGGGACACCACGCCUCCUCUCCUGGCCGACCUUGCCGGCUCUGGGCCGCCCGAUGCCCUGGCAACGGGGCAGGGGCGGGGCCGGGGCCGUUCGAACCGCGGUACGCAAGACUGGAAAUCGCUGGGGUCCCGACCCGGAAGGGAAAGUGACACGAAGCGGAAGCUAGAUCUCAAGGUGGCGUGGAAUCUGCGAUCCUGCUGUCACCGCCUGUUUGGUGCUGAGGUUGCUUGUGUACUAUCCAUCCCGCUCAAUACAAAUUUAAAGGCCCUGGGGUUCUAUGGCAUACCUCAACAAGGAGGGAAAAAACUCAAAGAGCUAAGAAUUCCGCGUCUACUAAAAUGUUCGGUACCCCAGACUAACAAAUCCUCACAACUGAAGAUAGAAGCUGAGGGCGAGUAUUCUGUGCCUCGGAAAAGGAGGAGCCUGCAGGGUCUAGGCUUCUGGACCUGCUGCACAUCACCACCCAACGACCAGGCACUUCCGGUCCUUUUGCACCAUCCUUGCCACUAUCCAAAACCUAUCGAGAGUUAUCUCAGACUCAAGAAAUACCUCCCACUCAUGUCUGCACGGUCUCUCCCCCAUCUGAAUCAUUUUGUAGGUUUCUUUGACAACCAGCAGCCCAUUGAUAUGCUCUAAAAUCACACCCCCACAUUUCUUUAGAAAUGCAAUUAUGCCUCAAAUGCAGGCAAAUUCAGGUUUCAAUUUCCUUAGUUCUGUGCAGUCUUUAAGGCUUGGACAAUUUAUUCCACUCUCAUUUCCGUAUGGACUCUAAGUAUAGAAAUCCCACCAGCAGGAACAGGCUGCUGGUCCCAAUGCCCGCGAGCCCACCUCAUUGGCGCCGGCCUUAGCAUUCAACGCUGUUUAUUAUCGUUAUAAGUCUACGCGACCUUUUCAGUACCUGCCCCACGUCCCAGAGUUGCUAAGUCCCUUGAAACAGGGAAUUAAAUCCAGAUUUCUUUUUCUGUUCCGUUUUAAAGACUUAGAACGCAAGCGGCUCCUUCCACAACGUCUCCUUAGGCUAAAUCCCUGUACUUGGGACCAAAAGGACAA